CCGUGCAAUCGCAGUGGCAGAGUGCCCAUAUUCGCUCCUCCAAAGCCGACUUCCCUCCCUUCCGUUCCUCUCUCUCUCUCUCUCCCCCCAUGAAAACCCUAUCCCUCUUCUUUGGAAGGAAGAAGGCACGCGCCAAUUCCCAUUGAUUAGCUGACAAUUUCAUGUUUCUUGAAUUCUGAAGUAAUUGUUUUGGUGCUUCCCGGAUCUUAUUUUCCCCUCUGCAGUGAUGGCUGCAAGACUUCUUGCCAACUUGAUUGUGGUGGGCUCUGGAGUCUUGGCAAGGGCUUUUGUUCAGGCAUAUCGCCAGGCGCUUACAAAUGCCUCAAAAUCAGGCGUUGCUCGAGAAACAGCUCAGAAUAUUGGUAGAGCAAGCAAAUUUAUGGCUGAACCGGAGGCAAGGCAGGUACUAGGUGUCGCUGAGCACUCAUCCUGGGAGGAGAUCUUACAGAAGUACAAUAACCUAUUUGAGCAGAAUGCAAAGAAUGGGAGCUUUUACCUUCAAUCAAAGGUUCAUAGAGCUAAAGAGUGCCUGGAAGGAGUUCACCAAAAGAAAGCUCAGGGAACCAUGGAUGCAUGACUUCUCGAGGCUUACAUCACUGCCUUAAUUAAUCUAGUGAUUCUAAGGUUGAAUUCCUGCUGUUAUCCAAAUUCUUUUUUGAUCUGCAUGAGUUGUCAUGUGAUUAAUAUGAGAUGCAAUUUUUUUUUUUUUUGUUUUUUGGCGUUGUACUGUUUAAUGUAAUACAUCCAAUUAAUGAAAAUUUUGACUUCGUGGAAUGCAA